AUGGCCGAGGACAACUAUUCCACGACAACUGAGUUCAUCCUCAUAGGGUUUUCAGAUCAUCCAGGCCUGAAGGUGCCCCUGUUCCUCAUAUUCUUUGCCAUCUAUCUGAUCACCAUGGUGGGGAAUCUUGGACUGGUAGCAUUGAUUUACAUGGAACGUCAUCUUCAUACCCCAAUGUACAUCUUCCUGGGAAACCUGGCUCUGAUGGAUGCUUUCUGUUCCUGUGCUGUUACUCCCAAGACAUUAGAAAAUCUGUUUUCUGAGGACAGAAGGAUUUCCCUCUAUGAAUGUAUGGCACAAUUUUAUUUCCUCUGUCUUGCUGAGACUACAGACUGUUAUCUUCUGUCAGCAAUGGCCUAUGACCGCUAUGUGGCCAUUUGUAGUCCACUGCAGUACCAUACCAUCAUGUCCAAGCAGCUCUGCAUUCAGAUGACCAUAGGAGCCUAUAUAUUUGGAAAUCUACAUCCUUUGCUUGAAGUAGGCUUAUUGUUUAGAUUAACUUUCUGUGGGCCUAAUAUAAUCAAUCACUUUUUCUGUGACCUUCUUCCCUUACAUGCUCUGUCUUGUGCUGAUCCCUAUAUAAAUGAAUUGAUGUUAUUUAUAUUGGCAGGUGCAAAUCUAAUUCUUACUAUUGCCAUAGUCCUAAUAUCAUAUUUCUAUAUUCUUUUCACUAUAUUCAAAAUGAAAUCCAAAGGGGGGAGAGGCAAAGCCUUAUCUACCUGUGCAUCCCACUUCUUCUCUGUGUCAAUAUUCUAUGGCUCUCUUUUCUUUGUGUAUACGCGACCAAAUUCGAUUAGUGAAGUAGAUAAAGAUAUUCCCAUUGCCAUUUUUUAUACUUUAAUAAUCCCUUUGUUAAAUCCUUUUAUUUAUAGUCUAAGAAAUAAGGAAGUAAUAAAUGUUAUCAAGAGACUAAUGAAAAAGAGAAAAUGGUGCAAUGGUCUGAAACAAGUAUCUCCUUGA